AGUGGUUGCUAUUUGUCAAGUUGUAUUCUAGGAUAUUUUCUCAUUUAAUUUUUACUAAGGUCUGAUGGCUAUUUUUCCGUUUUAAAAAUGAGAACACUAAGGCUCAAGGAAGUCAAUUGAUUGGCCCAAAGUCACACAGCAGAGUAGGGUUCGAAUCCAAUUAUUGUUUAAUUCUAAAAUUUAUACUUUUACCAUCUUGCUACAUCAUCUCUCUAAAGGUCCCAAUUAGUUAAAAAGUGAGCAGCAGCCCCCUGUGCAGAAAAAUUGAAUAAAGGCGCAACCAGCAAGCGGAACCAGAACAGACCCCACUAAGAUGGCGGCUCCCUGCUGGUAGCGCUCUUUACGUCAUCACACUGCGCGCCUCCUAUCGCGCACCACGUGGCAAGGCCGAGGGCGGGCCGGUGGCGGGGGUCUCAGGCGUGGGGCGUGGCCCGCUCAUCCGUGGCGCAAGAUGGUCCUGCCCUUCGUACGGUCGCUGUGCCUGUGCCGCUGGGGAGCCAAACGAUUGGGGGUCGCCGCCGCGGAAGCCCGCAGAGGCAUCAGUUUCAAACUGGAAGAAAAAACCGCUCACAGCAGCCUGGCACUCUUCAAAGGUGACACAGGUGUCAAGUAUGGCCUGGUGGGAUUGGAGCCCACCAAAGUGGCCCUGAAUGUGGAGCGCUUCCGGGAGUGGGCAGUGGUGCUGGCAGACACAGCGGUCACCAGUGGCAGGCACUACUGGGAGGUGACAGUGAAACGCUCCCAGCAGUUCCGGAUAGGAGUGGCAGAUGUGGACAUGUCCCGGGACAGCUGUAUUGGUGUUGACGAUCGCUCCUGGGUGUUCACCUAUGCCCAACGCAAGUGGCAUACCAUGUUGGCCAACGAGAAAGCCCCUGUUGAGGGCAUCGGGCAGCCAGAGAAGGUGGGGCUGCUGUUGGAGUAUGAGGCCCAGAAGUUGAGCCUGGUGGAUGUGAGCCGGGUCGCUGUGGUCCACACGCUACAGACAGAUUUCCGGGGUCCAGUGGUGCCUGCCUUUGCCCUGUGGGAUGGAGAGCUGCUGACCCACUCAGGGCUUCAAGUGCCUGAGGGCCUCUAGUUAUAUCCAUCAAUGGAGUCCCUAAUCAUGCUCUUGGCCAGCCUCCUGCUGAAAGUGUCUGAAUCCUUUUAAUUCUGCCCCAAGCAGCCUCUAGCUCCCACUAUUCAGUGUCUGGACCUCUGUGCAAUUCUUAGUCAUCUUCCUCUCUCCUCCCCUGCGAAAGCUAGACAUGCAGCCACCCUCUCCCCUCCCCCAAACUACCGCCCAUUUCCGUGGCUACCAGGAAUGCACUUUCCCUGAUUGCCUCCCUGUGCCCAGGCCUUUCUCAGACUGUGUUCAGUCGUUGGGUCUUGGCUUUUAGCUUUGUUCGCAUUUAUUCAUCACUGUGAUACCUCUCCCUCUCUUUGCCUACAUGUAACUUCUGUUUGUUGGGGCUCUACUGAAUCUCUCCAGAGUAAAUGCUUUCUACCUCUGGCUGGAGGAGUGGUGCAGUCAACGCUUGGCCCUUUCUCUACAGCACAUAGAGUCUGGGCUCUGGCUCCCUCAGGAAGUGCUUUACUGACAGUGUCAGAGUGAGGACAGAGCCCUCCUUCCCCAGUACCUCAAUGCCACAGACUCUCAGCUCCACACAGCUGUAGCUAUCCCCUCCCUGAGUCCAUCCGCCUUAAUCUGCACACCUCUGACACAGUCGAUCCAUAAUCAUUGGGCCAGUUACAAGCAUGACCAAAGGGGAAGAGACACUUGGGGCAUAUUGAGGGGAUUAGUGUUAGAAACUUUAUUCUUAAGAAGUUCUAUCUUCAUUCUGCUACAAUUGGAACUUCCAGAGGGAGGAGGGAGGCCUGAGGUCUUGCACAAUCCAUUUUUGGGCCUGCUCAGACCCCAGCCUUCACCCCUGCUUGGCAGCAGAAUACACUUAACCUAAAGCAGUAUUUGGGGUUGAGGGAAACCUGGUGGGGUGAGUAUGUAUGUGAAAUAUAUAUUGUUUGGGGUCUAUCUGACACUGUGGUUCUAUCUUAUUCUACCUUUAUGAUGGUGAUGCAGCUGGGUGCCCCUACAGGAAAAAGAAAAGGAUUGGGUUUAGCAAAAAUAAUUUGUGUAAUUAAAGUUUAUUUGAGCACAAAAUACCUUCUCUGUCUAUAAAAUUGCUGUUAGCAGUAGCAGCAGCACUUCUUGGCCAAGGGGGGCAGAACUCUCCAGACUACUAAAACCAGGUGUGUAGCUCCCUGCCUUCCUCUGUGGAUAUAUACAUGUGCAUGGUGGCUAGAGCCCCUUCACCAGUGUCUCUCUCUCAUGAUAGUUUCUCCAGGAAGAGGAAGAGGGGACCUGGGUGAAGACCUGGGAUGGUUUUGAGUGGGGCAAGCCAUUAUGUUGUAUCUUGAAGAAGCCCACAGUCUCCAUGGCUAACCCUACUGCCGGUGUCCACCGAGGCACUUCUCUGUACUCUGUCUGCCAAGGGAAUGGGGUGUUGUGACUCACAGAAAGCGUUGGCCUAAAUCUUGGUCCCCACUGAAGCAGUGCGGCUCCCUGUAGCAUGUUUGGUGGUUAUGUGUUAAGUGUGUGGCCAGCUCAUGCUUUUUCUUGAGCAGGGACCGUGUGUGCCUCAUGUUCA